CUCUGGCCCCUCAACUUUAAGUGCUAGCAUGUCCUGAUGAGGCACAUGGGGGCGUUUUAUGACAUGUGUCUCCACCGAGGAAUCACUAUGCCUAAAUGCCCCUGCCGUAUCGUCAGCGGGCACUGAGUCGGGUAUAAAUAAGUAUAGCUGGAACCUGUGCGGAGAUAAUUUGCUGCAGGUUUACCUCAAACCUACCUCAAAUACAGCUCAUUUAUUCAUCACUCUACAAUCAGCCAGGCCGUUCUCUUCCUCCCAGGCAUACCUCCAGCGUCAUGCUGACUCUAAUCGCUCUGGUCAGCGGGGCACUGUACCUGACAUUUCAGAUCCUGCGCUCCAUCCAACAAACAUUCAGAAACCGCAGAACGGCAAAAUCGCUGGGCUGCGAGCCUCCCCGGAAGAUCCCAUCUGAUCCUCUUGGUCUCAAGAGUUUCUUUGAACUCGCACGAGCAGCGAAGGACAGCCGCGUGGUCGAGUAUAUUGCGGGAUUCUACGAACAGUAUGGACCCACGUUCAGCUUGACCGGGCUAGGAGGGGUCUCGAUCCUGUCCACGGUUGAGCCUGAGAAUCUGAAAGCCCUCCUAGCCACCCAAUUCCAUGACUUCAGUCUGGGUACCCGCCACCGCGAGUUCUAUCCACUGCUUGGGGACGGCAUUUUCACGCUGGAUGGUGCGGGCUGGUCGCAUGCCCGAGCGUUGUUGCGGCCGCAGUUCACGCGGGAUCAGGUGGCGGAUCUAGAUCUGAUGGACGGUCACGUCUCCCGGCUGAUCGAGCUGAUUCCGAAAAAUGGCUGCGAUUUCGAUAUCCAGCGCCUCUUCUUUCUGUUGACCAUCGACUCCGCGACCCAUUUUCUGUUUGGCGAGUCGGUCAACGCGAUGCACUCCUCUAGCCACGCCGGGGUUCUGGAGAAGACGACCGUCGGAGAUGCACAGGGCUUCGCGGAGGCAUUCAACCUGUCGCAGGAGUACCUCUUCACCCGUAACCGGUUCAUGGACCUGUACUGGCUAGUCAACCCCAAAGAGUUCCAGGACGCCAACAAGCGCGUGCAUGAGGUCGUCGACCACUACGUCCGACUGGCCCUUGCCUCAAAGAACAAUCCGGCCAAGACUGCCGACAGAUACAUCUUCGCCGAGGCGCUGGCCGCCGAGACCGAUGAUCCGAGGGUUCUGCGCGAUAACAUGCUCAAUAUUCUGUUGGCAGGACGUGACACGACGGCCAGUCUGCUGAGCUCGGCGUUCUUUUACCUGGCGCGUCAUCCCGCGGUCUGGGACCGGCUGCGGCGGGCUGUCAUCGAGGAAUUCGGUGAUAGUGUGCAUCCGCGAGCGAAGAUCACGCAGGCGCGGUUGAAGGACAUCCCAUAUCUGCGGUAUUUCCUGAACGAAGUCCUCCGUCUGCUGCCUCCCGUGCCACUCAACUUCCGUGUCGCUGUCAAAGACACGUCACUCCCGGUGGGCGGCGGCCCGGACGGCAAGGCCCCCGUGUUUAUUCGCAAGGGCCAGCUCGUCACGUACUCCGUCUAUGCGAUGCAUCGGCGGGAGGACCUCUACGGGCCUGAUGCGCGAAGCUUCCGGCCGGAACGCUGGGAGGAGAACGCCAUCCGCGGGUGGGACUUCCUGCCGUUCAACGGCGGACCCCGGAUCUGUCUUGGUCAGCAAUACGCCCUCACCGAAGCGAGCUAUACCCUGGUCCGCCUGCUGCAGCAUUUCGACCGGAUCGAAAAUGCCGCACCGGCGGUGGAGGAACCCCGGAUCAUGUCCAAUCUGACCCUGUCGCAUUUGCAUGGGGUGGAUAUUCGCCUGUACCCGGCAGCGGCCUCGUAGGAUUUUUCUUUCUUCUGAAUUUUCGAUGUAUAUGUUGUUUUAAGCGAUAUGCAACCCACCUCGUAUCGGGUGAGACAAGUCUAUAUUGUCGCGGGUGGAUGGCUACUCUCCCCCUCAUCAUUCUGAGACAAGACAUGACGAUAUAUACGAGAUCCUACGUUUUCCUGCAUGAGGUGUCUCGUCAUUUAUGGUGUUUGAAUCAUCUGAUCUAUCUUCUAUAUCGAAUGUGUGUCUGGUGCCUUGUUGUUCCG